ACAGUCUCUCUUCUCGCUCGCCUCCCAGACUCGUUCGCUCUCUCUCUCUCUAUCUAUCCGUCUUGGCUUGGCGGCGGCUGCGAGGCCCUUUGUCCCCUCCCUCCGGAUCUCUCCUCCCGCCCUCUCUCUCUCUCACAUCUUAAACCCUAGAAAUCUUCCGAUCCCUAGGGUUUUUAUCCACAUAUCCUAUCGAUCUAUCUCCAUCUCUAUCUUUUCCAGUCCCUCAGCUAGUCGGCCGACCGAUCCGUUCAUCAGCCAGUCCGAUGGCCGCCGUUGCUCCCCCUGCAGAUCAAGCAGCAGAUUUGCUGCAGAAGCUGUCGUUGGAUGCUCAGCCGAAACCUUUGGAGAUCCCCGAACCAACAAAGAAGCCUACUGCCAACCAGUAUGGACCUGUUGAUUCAGCCAAUGCUCCGAAUGGUCAUAUCCCUCCGUAUGAGCGGUCGUUGACACCGUUGCUGCAUGAUUUCACUGAUCCAACGAUGUGUUAUCUCCCAAAUGGAUAUCCAUCAACAGCGUAUUAUUACGGAGGCUAUGAUGGGACUGGUAACGAGUGGGAUGAUUUCUCAAGAUACGGAAAUGCCGAGGGAGUUGAUUUGACUUCUGGAUUUUAUGGGGACAAUGGGUCUAUUAUGUAUCCCGGUUAUGGUUUUGCACCAUAUGGUCCAUACUCUCCUGCAGCUUCACCUGUUCCUGGAAAUGAACAGCUUUAUGGGACUCAGCACUACCAUUAUCCAUCGCCUUACUUCCAGUCUCUGCCAACUAGUGUACCUAAUGCUCCGAAUAUCUCUGCUCCACAAAUGGAAGUUUCUACCUCUGCUCCUACUGACCAGAAGCCUUUGCCCGUUGAGACAUUAAAUGGGAACUCUAAUGGUCCCAAAAGUGGAGGCGCGAAAGGCAAUGCUAGGUCGGGUCCCUUGAAAGCCACCCAUCCAAACUCUGGUUAUAAUGCGAACGGUUCCUUCGGAAUAGCUUCAUUGCCAGGCGGUAUAGCUUCUGGGUACCAAGAUGUCAGAUUUGGAUAUGAUGGGCUAGGUUCCCCUAUCUCAUGGUCAGAUGGGCCAGCUUUUGCAGAUGUUCAAUCCGGGAGAGUGACCAACACUGGAAUGGCUAAUUCGAUUUCAAAUGCCAAGAGUGUUCCAUCUUCAAGGAAUCAGAAUUACCGCCCCAAUUCUCAUAUCAUGGGAUUACAUCACGCCAGACCUCUAUCUGGUGUGGGCACUGCUAAUGGAUUUAUCAACAGGUUGUACCCUAACAAGUUAUAUGGUCAGUAUGGAAGCACAGUCAGAUCUGGUAUGGGCUUUGGUUAUGAUUCUCGAACAAAUGGACGUGGAUGGCUGUGUAUGGAUAACAAGUAUAAAAACAGGGGACAUGGAAGUGGCUUCUAUGGUUAUGGUAAUGAGAACCUGGAUGGCUUGAAUGAACUGAAUAGGGGACCUAGAGCCAAGGGAUCCAAGAACCAGAAGAGCUUUUCUUCCGUGACACUGGCAGUUAAAGGGCAGAAUCUUCCUAAUGGGGCUAACGGAGAGGAGAAGAUUAAGACAAGUGGGACCCCAGAUCGCGAACAGUACAACAAAGCAGAUUUUCCUGAGGAGUAUGCAGAUGCUAAGUUCUUCGUUAUUAAGUCCUAUAGCGAGGACGAUGUCCAUAAGAGCAUCAAGUACAAUGUAUGGGCCAGCACCCCAAAUGGUAACAAGAAACUUGAUGCUGCAUAUCGGGAGGCUCAGGAAAAAGCUGGUGACUGCCCAAUUUUUCUUUUCUUCUCGGUCAAUACCAGUGGGCAGUUUGUUGGUGUCGCAGAAAUGAUGGGGCCAGUUGACUUCCAAAAGAAUGUUGAAUACUGGCAGCAGGACAAGUGGAAUGGCUGCUUCCCUGUGAAGUGGCACAUUGUGAAAGAUGUACCGAACAGUUUGUUGAAGCACAUUAUCCUUGAAAACAACGAGAACAAACCUGUGACCAAUAGCAGGGACACUCAAGAGGUCAAGCUUGAGCAAGGUCCUAAGAUGAUAAAAAUAUUUAAGGAGCACUCCUCCAAAACUUGCCUUCUGGACGAUUUUGAGUUCUAUGAGAACCGUCAGAAAGCAAUCCAGGAGAAGAAGGCCAAGCACCAGCAAUACCAGAAGCAGGUGUGGGAAGGGAAACUCACGUCUGAAAAGAAAGAGACUGCCAAUGGGGAACUGAAAUCGCCUAAGUCUUUAGAAGUUUCCUCUGAUCCGACCAAUGAAAAUGCAGCUGCUCUGAGCAACGGGGAUCUGAAGGUCCCUGAGGAUCCAAAGGCAGUUAUUGCAGAUAAGGUUAUAGCAAAUGGAGUUGCAAAUGCUUGCUAGCUAAAUCACGAGCAAGAUGGCGGCAGUUCUCACACCAUGUUCAAUAGAGUUUGGUCCGAAGCACCUGCUCAAUGAUUCGUGCCAAGAUAUUCAUGCUGGCCAACUCUCACUAUAGUAAUACCGCCAGGUGUCUUGCUUUGGGCAAUCCGACCUAAGGAGGGUGUGUGAAGUAAUCAUCAUCUAAAAAAUAUUCUAGCUUGUCGAGGCAGGUGACUUGAAGGAAGGAUCCGAGUUCCAUUAGUUGUAAGGAGCUGGGGGGUGGGGGGAUGUGUUAUGUUCCUAGUGGGGGUUUAGAUCCUAACCGGGUUUUCGCUUUAGGAGUUUGUGCUGUAGGCUUUUAUCUUUAUAUGGCUUUUCUAAAUCGCUUUUGCUCUCUUUGUUCUUUUUCCCUUUUACUGCCUUGGUGAUGAAAUUUAUCGUCCUUGCUGCAUUUGAAGUUAAGACUGCGUGUACUUUCCGUCUUGUAAAAAUCCCGAUCGACUUGCAUUCUAAACAGCUUCACUCUUCUUUGUGAGUGAAAGCUGUUUGUAUUUGUAAGAGAAGCCUGAAAGCAAGGUGGGAAAGAUAUCAUUGCAUUCUACUUUUAUCAAGAAA